AUGGUCAAGGAUUUUCUGGUCCGGGCACAACGACGCCGCCGCCCCGAUAAGAAACCGACAGUAAGCGCUGCGCAACCCGGCGAACAGUCUCGCAGCGAAGUUGAGUCUCCUGGCGAUGAACCAGCCCUCAACACCACUGUCGAAGACAAACCGAGCUACAUCGACCUGGAACGGGCGGAGACGGCAGACCCGACAACAGCCGAGGAGACGAGCAAGAGUUUGAAGUUGGUAAACGUUGUGUUGAGUGACAUGUCAGCCCCAUGGGACCAAACUUCCGGCUUCGGCGUGAACACACUUAGUAAUCCUUACAACAGGAUGAUGAACACAAGCGGCGUCACCUUUAAAGAUCACGUCGGCAGCAUGGAUCUCUGCUACGCAGCGCUCCAGUUUGCCAGCGAUACCCUCAAGCCUGGCGGUCACUUUGUGUGCAAAUUCUACCAGGGCGCAGAGGACAAAGAGCUGGAGAAACAGCUACGAAAGCUCUUCGCCAAGGUAUUCAGGGACAAGCCCGAGUCAUCGCGGAAAGACUCGAAAGAGGGCUACUUCGUUGGUCUGAACAGGAAGGCAACAGUGCACCUGGGAGAUUCGAGCGACGAACCGAGAACAUAA